UAUUUCAACUUUAUAUAAUUUCCUAUGCAAAAUAAAAAUUAUACGAUUAAUCAUUUUUUGUGAAAAAAGGGGGUAGGUUAAGUGAAAGCUCGAGGCCAAAGAAUAAGACAGGUGAGUAUGGUGACAUGAACAACACACAAGGCUUGCUACCACCAUGUCCCUUCACUCUCAUUCUCCAUAAUCCAUAGGCCCAUUCCUGACAUUUUCAAUUUUUCACUACCCCAUUUCUCUUCUCCUCCUAUAUAACGCCACCUCUCUCCUCUCUCUCUCCCCAACUCCCUCUCUUUCUCGAUUUCUCUCUUUCUCUUCCUCUUUGCUCUCUGCUACUGUACACGUACCUCAAAUUCACCAUAAGUUCACAACUACCGGCUAUAGCAUACCCAAAAAAAAUCAUGGGUUUUCCAGUGGGUUACACGGAGCUUCUCCUCCCGAAACUUCUUCUGCACACGCUUUCUCUUCUGGGUUUCAUCAGAAAACUCAUCUCCUACUUCUUCCGCUUCCUGGGUCUCACCGAUUUUCUGGAACCGGACAUUGUGUGGACGGAGGGGUCGACCCAGGUGCCGGAAUUUCAGUCGGUGUCGGCGGUUCUGAUCCGGGAGAUCCUCCCGGUGAUGAAGUUCGAGGAGCUGGUGGGGGCCGGCGCUGGAGACCCGCCGGACCAGUGUGCGGUCUGUCUGUAUGAGUUUGAAGGACAGGAGGAGAUCCGACGGCUGACGAACUGCCGGCACAUAUUUCACCGGAGCUGCCUGGACCGUUGGAUGGACUGUGAUCAGAAGACGUGUCCGCUUUGUAGAACUCCCUUCAUCCCUGAUGAUAUGCAAGAAGCCUUCAAUGAGAGGCUUUGGGCUGCCUCUGCUCUUCCUGAUUUCUAUGGAGACUACUCUCCUCUUGGUUUAUAGCUCCUCUCCUUUUCCUUUCUUUUCUUUUCUUUUCUUUUCUCAGAGAAAUUUUUUUUUUUUCGAUGUUGAUUGUAUAUAUACCAAAAAAAAAAUUGAUAUAUGGGAUGAAAAAAAUUGAUGAUUUUCCGGCAACCGGAAUGGAAAA